AUGGGCUCUCGCUCCCUUAAGGGCGACUGUGAGGAGGUCAUUUUCCCAGGCCUCGAGGCCAGCCCUGUGGUUCCCAUCCCUCGCGCCUUGGACGGUGCAGCCAUCGUUAUCCUCGCCAUCCCAGCCAAGGGGCUGCUGCCGUUCGCCGACACCUACGGGCCCCUUCUUGCGGGCAAGGUGGUAGUGGAUGUCACCAACCCCUCCCCAGAGGACCUCCGCCACAUGGCUGCGACCCUGGGCGGGGCCGCCCCCGCCCCCGCCAAGCGCGCCCUGAGGCCGUCCAAGGCCGUCGCGACCGUGGUCGGCGCGGCCAUGCGCGACGCCGACGCACGUGACCAGGCCCACCGCGCGCGCAGUGCUGCAGCGGCUGCGGCUGCCGGCGGUCAGGGGGCCUUUGGGGGUGGGUUUGGCACCAAGGACGUCAGCGACAUUGAGGCGUUUGAAGGCUGCACCGCAGUGCUGCCGGCCUCAUCCCAGUCCGCGGCGCUGCUGCUCCAGGAGUGCCUGUCCCGCGUGGCCCCCGGCGCCGCCGUCGUCAAGAGCAUGUGCAACCUCUCCUCCUACAUGCUGCUGCAUGGGGACCCGCUGACCGACAUUAUGAAGACCGUGGCCGCGUCUGACAGCCCCGAGGCGGCUGCAGCAUUCCAAACCCUGGGCCAGGCAAUGGGCCUGGAAGUCAGGACCGGCCCCGGCCUGAGGUAUGCCUCCACGCUGGAGGCGCGCCAGCGCGGCGUGCUCACCGACUGGCAGGUCUCUUUCUGGGUCAUGCUUAUCAGCUGGGUGCUGAUGCAGAUCUACACUGCCGUGCGCUACAACCAGUACGGCAACGAGCCCUGGGAACACAUCGUGAUGUGGAUCACCAACAAGAGCAUUGGCUGGCUGUCCCUGUGGGGCAUGAUGUACACGUACGCCCCUGGCACAAUCGUGUGGAUGGACAUGCGCAAGCCCCUGGGGCUCCUGACCCUGGCCGCCUUGAUCAUGCACCUCCUCCUCUCCACCUUCCUCUGGGCCCCCGGCUACUACGCCAGUGAGCGGUUGUAG